AUGUCGUUAGUUCAUAUUAUUGAUGUUGAAAGUGGUAAUUUACAAUCAUUAUCCAAUGCAAUUUUAAAAAUUGAUUCAAAUUAUCAAAUUAAAUUUAUUCAUAAUGAAUCUGAAUUUAUAAAAUAUAAUUCUGAAAUUGAAAAAUUAAUAUUUCCUGGGGUUGGUAAUUUUGGUCAUUUUGUUCAUGAAUUAAAUAAUAGAAAAUUGUCCAAACAUAUAAAAGAAUAUAUAGAAUCUGGUAGAUCAAUAAUGGGUAUUUGUGUUGGAUUACAAUCAUUUUUUAAAAUAUCAGAAGAAUCGGGUAGUCAAGUUCAUGGUUUAGGUUUAUUAGAUUUGGAUUUAUUUAAAUUCAAUCCAAAUGAUGAUAUAUUUAUAGAAAAGGGGAUAAAGAAAUCUGUUCCACAUAUUGGAUGGAAUUCAAUAGAGGAUAUUGUAAUUAAUGGAAAGGUUGAAAAUGAGAAAUCUAUUCAUGGUAUAAAUACUCAAAAUAAAUAUUACUUUGUUCAUUCUUAUGCUGGUAUAAUCAAGAAUUCAGAAAUAGAAUCAAAAAUAAAAGCAUAUGAAUCUAAAGGUUGGAAUUUUGCUAUUGGUAAAUAUGGAUCAGAAAAAUUUGUAGCUGCAAUUUCAAAAGAUAAUUUAGUUGCAACACAAUUUCAUCCUGAAAAAUCUGGAAUUGUUGGAUUAAAAAUAAUAAAGAAUUUCUUAAAUGGUGAAAAAUAUCCAGAAAUUGAUGCUAAAAAUGAAUUGAAAAAGGGAACAGAAUGUACACUUUCUGGUUUAAGUAGAAGAAUAAUUGCUUGUUUAGAUGUUAGAACCAAUGAUGAUGGAGAUUUAGUAGUUACAAAAGGUGAUCAAUAUGAUGUAAGAGAAAAAACAGAUUCAAGUGUUAGAAAUUUAGGUAAACCAAUUGAAUUAGCAACUAAAUAUUAUAAUCAAGGUGCUGAUGAAAUUGUAUUUUUGAAUAUUACAUCAUUUAGAAACUCUCCAAUUAAAGAUUUACCAAUGUUGGAGGUUUUGAAGAAAUCAGCACAAACUAUAUUUGUUCCAUUAACUGUUGGUGGAGGUAUAAAAGAUAUGAUAGAUCCACAAACUGGUAAUUUAGUACCAGCUGUACGAAUUGCGGAUUUAUAUUUUAAAGCAGGUGCAGAUAAAGUAAGUAUUGGAUCAGAUGCAGUAUUAAUAGCUGAAGAAUAUUAUAGAAAUGGGAAAAAGGGAACUGGUAAAUCAUCAAUUGAAACAAUAUCAAAAACUUUUGGGAAUCAAGCAGUUGUUAUUUCAGUUGAUCCAAAGAGAAAAUAUAUAUCUGAUCCAAAUGAAACAACACAACAAGUUAUUAAAAUUGAAAAUCCAGAUGAAUUUGGUCCAAAUGACGAACAAUAUUGUUAUUAUCAAGUUACUUCUCAAGGUGGUAGAAAAAUUCAUGAAUUAGGAGCUUUGGAAUUAUGUAUUGCUUGUGAAGCUCUUGGUGCUGGUGAAAUAUUAUUAAAUUCAAUUGAUUUUGAUGGUUCUAAUAAUGGAUUUAAUUUGCAAUUACUAAAACAAAUAAAAACAAAUGUGGGUAUUCCAGUUAUUGCAUCUAGUGGUGCUGGUAAUCCAAAACAUUUUGAAGAUGUAUUUAAACAAGAUUUUAAUAUUGAUGCUGCUUUAGGUGCUGGUAUGUUUCAUAGACAAGAAUAUACUGUUAAUGAUGUUAAGAAAUAUUUACAAGAUAAUAGUAGAAUGGAUGUAAGAUUGAGUGAAGAUAUAGAAUUAUAG